AUGUUCUGGAAGGAUAGUAUCUGGAUGAGCCGGAAGAUGCGGACGAAGAAGGUCUUCCUCACUUGGGUUCCUGUGCACGUGGUUGGGUCUGGCAGUACAAAUGCUCAACCAGCUUGUAGCCCUGGCUGCUUAGUUGGCCACCGUUGCAGUGGGGUAAACAUCCUGCGCUUGCAGCGGAGCAGACAGCUUGUUGUUGAUGAUGUUGAUGUGGACAGUGGGAAGCUGGUUCAGAUCGAAUACGCUUUAAAUGCCGUUAACCAAGGCGUUACUGCGUUGGGUAUCAAAGCUACAAAUGGAGUCGUCCUUGCCACAGAGAAAAAAUCGUCUUCGCCCCUGAUAGACCCUCCUUCUCUGUCAAAAGUCUCCCUAAUCACCCCAGAUAUCGGCAUGGUCUACUCUGGAAUGGGUCCCGAUUACCGUGUCCUUGUCGAUAAGGCCCGGAAAACCUCCCACACUGGUUACAAACGCAUUUACAAUGAGUACCCGCCAACUAGAAUAUUAGUCCAGGAUGUUGCCCGAGUCGUCCAAGAGGCUACGCAGUCCGGGGGUGUCAGGCCAUAUGGCGUCAGUUUGCUAAUCGCGGGCUGGGAUGACGGGGUCGAACCUACAAUUGCAGAGAGCGAGUCAGAUACGGACAAGAAGAAAGUAUCGGGGAAAACGGGCGGAAUUCUCAAAGGUGGCCCUAGCUUGUACCAGGUCGAUCCUAGCGGCAGCUAUUUCCCAUGGAAGGCCACCGCCAUUGGGAAGAGUGCGACCAGCGCGAAGACCUUCCUCGAAAAGAGAUACACAGAUGGUCUUGAGCUGGAAGAUGCUAUCCAUAUUGCACUUCUCACGCUAAAGGAGACCAUUGAGGGUGAAAUGAAUGGUGAAACCGUAGAAAUUGGUAUCGUUGGACCCCCGGCCAACCAUCUAUUGGGAUAUGAGGGCGUUGAGGGCGCCAGGGGCCCACGGUUCCGGAAACUGACCAAGGAGGAGAUUGAGGAUUACUUGACAAACCUAUGAUAGACUUUAUGUUUAGCGCACCAUAAUCAGUCUCUUUUGAUUCCCUUUUUUAUUUUAUAUGUAGCUUCGUAGUGUUGCUUAUAUUCUGUCAGCUCUUUCAAAGGCAAAUCAUAAAUGUCCAUGUCACAGGCAUAACGGCUCGCAGUCCACUUGACUGCUGAGGUGACCGAAUGGCAAAAUUAAAUCUACGUCACGAUUCUGUUGAA